AUGGUACUGCCUACAACAGCAGCGAAGAACGCGGCAUGCCACUGCUGCCGUCAAUGGGUGUUGCGGUCGUUCAUCGCCAGCAUCGGCGGCUCGGGCGUGCUGCCUACAUCCCAGCAUGCUCAACGGAGAACUUUCUCGGUAUCGCCCAACUGGAGGAAUCCUAGACAGCGGGUUCGACGAGACGCGAAAGAGGACUUUGCACUUAACGACAUCAAUGAUGGCUUCGCUGCGCCAGUAUACGGGCAUGACUACGCCGCUCAAACGCCUGCCAUUGAGGAGAAGCCACCAUCCACUGAGGAGGCCGCCACCGAAGCUCCGGCGGUAUUGGAGAAGGAAAUAGCCGAGCCAGAGACCUCUGUGGCCAGCGAGACUGCAUCUCCACAGCAGGAACAUGUGCCUUGGUAUCUGCAAGUAGACCCGCCAAUACCAACCCAAGAGAACAACAUUUCAGCGCGCCAGAAGCUCCCCGACUUGCCGGACCACCCGCCUCCCAUUCUUGAACCUCUCCUUUCGCAAAUCUCCAUUGACCUCGGUCUCGACGAUCUUACGAUUCUCGAUCUACGUACUCUCGAUCCACCUCCUGCCCUCGGGGCCAACUUGCUCAUGCUGAUUGGCACUGCACGGUCCGAGAAGCAUCUUCAUGUUUCGGCCGACAAGCUAUGUCGAUGGUUACGUUCUCAGUACAAGUUGAGUCCGUUUGCGGAUGGGCUGCUGGGAAGACAAGAGUUGAAGUUGAAACUACGGCGGAAGGCGAAGCGGUCUAAGCUGAUGUCGGCUGUGGGUGUAAAGAGCACUGCGGAGACCGAGUUGGACGAAGGAAUAAGAACUGGCUGGGUUUGCGUGAAUGUCGGGCGAGUAGAGGGAGGCGAUCUGCCUAAGACAGAGGAGGAGAUCGCAAGAGAGCAGAACUUUAUUGGGUUCGGAGAGAGGAGCACGGGAUCGAGGAUAGUGGUGCAGAUGAUGACCGAGGAGAAAAGAGGCGACCUUGAUCUGGAGAAGCUGUGGGCUACAAUUCAGCGGAAGUCUGACCGGGAGAAGCAAGCGCUGCUUGCGGAGGAUGAGACCGCGAACACGGAGGAAACGCUGUCCGAAACAUUCCCUCGGAAUGAGAUACCAAAGGUCGAUGAAAACCCCAAGGAAACUCGGCUCGAACCACCGCCAGGGAACGAACUCUUCUACCUUCGUGGCGUGAAUGGACAACGUGGACAAGUUCGCAGUUUUCAUUCCUACGCUCCAAGUUUCCGUCAGGCUUUCUUCAGCGCUUCGAAGAGUGAACCAGCAGCUGAUGACUUUUCAUCACUUGACGUGGACUGGCCCACAAGAGCCACAGAUGAGCCAAGCUCUCAUGCCGCUGAGGGACAUCGGAAAGAUGGACAGACCGUCGAUGUCCAGGACUUCCUCAAAACAUGGCGCAGCUACCCGCAGACCUUCCGCCCUCGGAGCCGAGAAUUGUACGUAUCGUUCUUCAAGGCUUUGGGAGAAGGAACGCUUACACCUCUAUCCGCCGAAGACAGCAGUAGCGGCAUGGAGCUUUCUGAAGGCGUGGGUAAAACGGACGUCGACGCUGGUCAGCAUACCUCUGAGGUCUUCGAAGAGUCGUUUCAGGCGCAGGCAUACCUCGAAGCGCGAGAAUAUCUGAGAGAUGCGCUGAACGAUAUGGAGGCAGAGGAUCCGAUUGUUACCUUCGACGGAAGUGCUCAAGUCGGCAUGAGGAAGUGGUGUGAUGAAGACCUUCACGAUGCUUCACCACCGCGGAUGACAGAACAUGCCACAGCGCUCCGACCCACACCUUCACCGGCUGCCGCGAAGCCCAUCUUGCCAUCAAUCGAGGAAUCAAUAUCACCGUCGCCUACCAAAUCAGCGGUACGUCUUUCAGCUAGCGCCUCAAAACAUCACUCCGCGGGCGAGCUCCUUCCGGCGAUCGACUUCACAACAUUCAACGUCCCACUGGCCGGCAAGGAAGCGCAGUCAAUGCAGGACUCUCCGCCGACUACAGAGAGGCCCGCCGUUCACAAAGUCGCUUCGGGACCGAGCAUUUGGACAGCGUUGCCAGAGAACUAUCCGUCUAGUGCGAAUGCGCAAUCCACGACUGAUGAAACUACACUCGUCGCACAGGCCAGCGGAUCGGAUCACCAGUCGGUCGUACCGGCUUCCGCCCCUUCUCAAGCCGCGCUACCUGCGGACGAGUCAGUCGUCGAAGCCCUGAUUCAGUCAUUGGACUUUGCUACAUCUUAUUUUCGCCAAGUCAUUCAGCGCACGGUUAAGACUGACCUCGAUACACGAAUUCAGAACCUUCCACAAGAGCUGAGCGAUCGGAUACUCGAAUGCUACCUCAACUCUACGAUGCCAUCGGGAGACGCUGCUGUCAAUAUCGACCACACACGUGAACCUGUCAAAGUACCGGCAGCACUGCACAUCGACAGGAGUCUUCGCUCGAAGUAUGCGAAGCUGUACUACGGCCAUGGACAAUUCAAUAUCGCCGAAGAGUUUGGCUGGACGCCAGCACUGUUCGCGGCGCGCAUCCUGAAAUGGGUAUCAAUGGUAGCUCCUGAGCAUCGUCGACUGAUUGCCACAGUCAGGGUCGGCGUUCCCGAUGUGCCAUCAGCGCCGGAGUUUCGAAGCAUUCAUACGUGUAUGAUCACGCUCGCUCUGCGUGGGCACCCGUUGUUGAAGAGAUUGGCGAUGCACGAGAAGCUGUGUGUCUACAGCGAUGAGGGCGAAUACCGGGUGGAGGACCUAGGCUUGCCGAGGGCGCCGAAGGAGAACGACGAUUAG